UUUGAAAAACCGAAACUGAUGCAAUGACUUCCUUCUUAUAGUCUUAGCUAUCCCAUUCCUGGUGUUAUUUGAGGUGUGUUCCCAUGGAUGUACCUUCCUGAGAUUCGAUUGAAGAAAUUUUGCAAUAUCAAGGACUUCCUUGUUUGAAAUCAAACUUUAAGGAUAAAAUUGCAUUUUAGAAGAAAAAUGAAGGACUAUUCAUGCCAAUCCUAGUACAUAAAUAUGAGAGGCAGAACUUAAUUAACUGACAUAUUUAGUCAAAUGGCAAGAGCAUACUGCCAUCGAGAAGUGCUGCCAUUUGCAGCCAUGAUCGGAGCAGAAUGCGUCAACGUUGGCUUAAACAUUCUGUUCAAAGCAGCCACUUUGAGGGGGAUGAGCUACAACAUCUUCAGCACAUAUUCUUUUGCAAUUUCCACUAUUGUUCUCAUACCUUUCCUCUUCAUCUUUCCCAGCACAGCGGUCCUUCCUUCAUUCAAGCUCCCUCUUGUUUCCAGAAUCUGCCUCCUUGUGUUUGCUGGGUCUUUUGGGAAGAUAUUGGGAUAUAAAGGCAUAGAGUAUAGCUCUCCCACGCUUUCUUCUGCCAUCAGCAAUCUCGUCCCGGCUUUUACCUUCAUACUUGCCAUCAUUUUCAGGAUGGAAAAAGUAGCAAUCAGAAGCUCAAGUACUCAGGCAAAAAUCAUUGGGACAAUAGUCUCAAUUUCAGGUGCCUUUGUUGUUGUUCUGUAUAAGGGCCCAACAGUUUCUACCCCUGUAUCAUCUGUUUCACUUCAAUGGCCUUUAGGGUCAGCACUAUCUCAGUGGCUCAUUGGUGGCCUCCUGCUUGUUGCUGAGUUCCUUCUUUUCUCAAUCUGGUACAUCGUGCUGGUAAAUAUACUUAUCAUUACUCAAUCACUUGGGAUUCAUCUGACAACUUUCCUGGCAUAUGCAUUUUGACAACUAGAAAAUUUUCAAAGAAUCAAUACCUCAACAGCUUCCCACAUUGCAGGCCCAAGUAAUGAAGAUAUACCCUGCAGAGUUCACCGUAGUCUUCUUAUACAAUCUAUUUGCAUCAAUUUUGUGCGUGCUAGUAUGUUUAAUAGCAGAACCAAACUUUAGUUCUUGGAUUCUAAGACCAAGUAUAGCUAUUGCUGCAGUCGUAUACUCGGUAUGAAAUCAAUAGUCUUCUAAUAAUUAUAGACCAGUCACUAGAUAAUUAGCAGUGUUCUUAACACAUAAGCUCAAUCUGUGCAUCUAUUUAGGGAUUUAUUGGAGCAUUAAUAAAUGUUGUGCACACAUGGGGUUUGCAUCUGAAGGGGCCUGUCUACGUAGCAAUUUUUAGGCCAUUGUC